AUGUGCCCUCGCGCAGCCCUCCUGGCGGCCAGCCUGUACAAGACCAUACCUGGCGUCACCCAGCUGGUCAAAUGCAUCCAGAACGCAGCUGAUCCCAACAAAAUCAUGGCGCAGGCCGCCGCCAUGGCCGGCGCAAACGCAGACCCCCAGCAAAUCGUGACAGCAGCGCAGCAGGGCCCCUCCGUCUGCCUCCGCGCCUUCUGGGACGGCUACCAGAUCACUUUCGUGCUGUCAAUCGUCGGCGUCGCGUGCCUGCUGGUGGCGUUGCUGACCUGCUGCUGCUUCUGCUGCGCCGAGCGGCCCCGGGACAAGGAGCUGCUGCAUGUGCUGCCGCCCGCCGCAGCGAUGGCCAGCGGGCUGACCGCGCACGCCGCAUCUUUUGACGCCGAUGCUGGCGACGAGGGCGGUGCUGCGGCGCUGGCGGAGCGGACAAGGGAGGGCAUCGAGAGGGCCUUUGUCAGAAAGUGCGUUGCGGCGGGCGCCACCGUUGAAGUGGAGCUCAUUUCACAGCGCAGCUGCAACCAGGACGUCAGCGGCGCGAUUGUCAGCAGGGUGGAGGAGCUGCAGGCGGCGGUGGUGGUCAUGCCGGAGCAGCCGCAGUCGUUCCUCGAGAGCCUGUUCCAGACGCCCGUGGCUCAGCAGGUCGCGGCGCGCUGCAGGCGGCCCACGGUGCUCAUACGCUGA